AUGACGCCCUGCAUUGCGUCAGUCCACUUGAACGGUGCAAGAACUUACAUACCGAGCCUUUUGUGUCUCUCAUCACGAGAAAACAGAGAAAAUAGGUGUUCUCGACGAGCCCUUGAUGAACAACGAAGCACAAGCUUGAACGCAUAUUUUGCAGACGUACCAAAGGAGCUCUGCACCCUGGCAGUGAGAUCUGCUGCUCCAGCGCGAAGCCAACGAGCGUUGGCUUCAGGCUUUUGUGAGCAUUUGCAGUCGCAUAAAGGGGAUCCCAUCGGCAAAGAGUUGCCAGUUGACCAGAAACACCGUCUUAUCACCACCACCGCGUCUAUUACCACCAUCAUUGACUCACCCUCCGCCGACCCAUCCAAAUUACCCGCCCCCCCUUCCCUUCUCAGAGUACACAAAAGAAGACCACGCUCCUCGUCAAGUCACGAUAUCUCCGUGUUUCCACCAACAUCCAACUGCAAGUUCCUAUUCACGCCAGCACAGAUUGUCCCCAUCGCGACUUCUCGAUCGAGGUCUACCACAGCACUCAAAUCACUUCCUUCUUCUCCGCUCGAUACCUGCCCACCACCUGCCUACUCCGCCCGGCCCGAGUUGUAUACUCCCCUUCACGAACCCGAGCCGUAUACUUCCCUACCCGAGCCCCCACUCUCAAUACCACUUGAUAUGAACUCUGACACGGAAGAAGACGAUGACCUCAUCUACACUACCUCCUCCUCCCGCCGGAAUGCAAGCAGCAAUAGUUUAAGGACCCGCUUAUUCGCGCUCGCGUCCUCUACCAGUCUCAGCACCAGUCAUUCGAGAGGCCAGCCGAAACCAAUAUGCACGACCCCCGGAGAACUCUGUGCGGGGGAGACGGAGACGGAAACGGACGAGCCUCAUCGACACCUACCCACCGCCCGCAAAGUCCCCUUCUCCGGCCCACUCGUUCCCCCAAAUACACUCCAACAACGACUAACGCCCCUCCUCUUCGAGUUUUCCCGACUUCUCUCCAUCGUCCCCGCUAUCUUUGGUACCCUCUAUAACUUGUAUCACUUCUACUCGCCACCCCCGCUAGGAUCCCCUGAACGGAUCGACUAUUUCGUUUCGGCGCUGUGGGCUAUCUUGACGGGAUACCAGUGUUUGUGCCUUACGACGGGGUUGUUGACGCGCUGGCGGCUUUAUUACCCACCGAUAUCGACCCUCGUCCGGUUGUUGGCGCUGCAGGGGAUAUGUUGGCCCGCUACACAUCUUACGCUUACCAUACUCGGACACGAGAAACGGCCGGUGGUGGUGUGGGCUGUUAUAGGGAGUACGACGAGCGUUAGUCGGAGCGUGCAGAUUUGGGUCACGAGUAAUUUGUGGUGGGAUUCCAAGGGCGGUGGUGGGAAGGAAGGCGGGGAUACGGCUGUGAGCGCAACGACGACGGAGGGGAACAGGAGGGCUUAUUGGAAGAGGUGGGGAGAUGGGGGGAAGUGGGGUGGGAGGAGAUGGGAUUGGAGAGAGGUGGGGGUGAAGUACUUAGAACUUAGAAUUCGAAAUGGACGCUGGGGUCGAAGCUAA